UCGAUGAAAGAUUUACCCCGCGAAACUUCUAUUUUAUCUUACCAGCUGCACGUACAUUCUGAAUGAAAAUGUCUGAUACAACCAAUACAUCCUGGGCCCCGGCAGGCGCAAUAGCAGCGGGUAUUACUUGAAAUUACAUAAACUUACGUUUACGUUCAGCGGUGAAGCCUUCAGUUUGCUCAUACUAAAAUUCGUCCAGCCAUCUUGGACCUGAUUAGUGUCACAAUAUUGUACAGAAGGACCUGUUCGUGUAAACUGCACUGGCAGUUGUCAAGGGAUGACCUCUUCACACUCAGGUCAUGCUCUCAGGCUGGAUGCCAAUGCCAGCACAUCUCAAGAUCCAUCAGAAAAUGGUGUUCUUCUACAAACUAACAACAAUGUCGACGGCCCAUUGCUUGUUCCUGGUGACGAAAGGAUAGAAGUAGUUGAGCCGAACAACUGCGACGUUGGUCCAGCAGAAACAGAUUCCGGAAGUAUUCUUCCAAGGGAUAUACAACUGAAGACGCCCACCUACGAUUAUGCCUUCGAAAAGUCAAUGAGCCACGCUGAAGCAAAGCUCUUUUACCAACAUCACCAGAUCGCUUCUCGGAACCUUGAUGGGGAUCAUCACAACGAAGCACCGACUAUGGCAACUUUAGGCGACUCUGAUCCUAGAGACAUGGCAGGGUCACCUCCAGGUAUUAAAGUCACUGCUGUUUCGCCGGCCAACAAACCAGAAAUGACUUUCCCAGCUGGGAAACAUACCACUGACUUUUCUGCGUCUCAACAACAUCCCGAGCCACAUGAAAUGCAUGUCAUAAGCCCCCAAAAGGAUGAAACAUCCUUCUCACGUUCGCAUAAUGUGGAGAAUACUAGCGACUCCUUGGGAGCAGUUCAGGGUAUGAUGAACAUCUCAGCAGAUAGCAGCGCGGUCACUUCUGAGUUGAAUGUUAUAUGUCGCAAGAUGAAAAACUUACUUGACCGUCGGUCGAAGUACAUACAGCUGUCUCUGCAGGGGCCUGAGGAUAACCCGAAAGAUCAUCCCGACUGGGAGAUAUACCCCCCUCCCCCGGAACCAGCCUGGGAUAACGAGGGGGACAUUGGUAGAAGUGCCGAUAGCUCCCGUAUUGAUCAAAAAAGACGGAAAAUGGGACAAGACGUUGGAGAAGAUUUCGACAUGGCCCAUUGCUUGCCGCUUCCUACAGAGUCCCGCUGGGUAUACAGACUGGAUGAAAAUAGUGUAUAUCAAGUCUAUGAAAAUGAUGCAGCGGCUGAUUUGCGACAGCCUGUGGUCAAUAUCCCAUCCUUGCGGGAUUUUUAUAUGGACCUUGAUGCGGUAACGGACGUGUCAACAGACGGCCCAGCUAAAAGCUUCGCGUUCAAGCGGCUUUCCUACUUGGAAGGGAAGUUCCAGCUCUAUGCUCUCCUAAACGAAUACCAAGAGAUCGCCGACAGCAAGAAAGUACCUCAUAGAGAUUUCUACAAUGUCCGAAAAGUCGACACACAUGUUCAUCACUCUGCGUGUAUGAACCAGAAACAUCUUCUUCGUUUCAUCAAGAGCAAGAUGAAGAAAUCACCGGAUGAAGUAGUUUUGUUUCGCGACGGCAAGCAUCUGACACUAAGGGAAGUCUUCGAGAGUAUUAAUUUGACGGCUUAUGAUUUGAGUAUCGAUACGCUCGAUAUGCAUGCACAUACCGAUUCUUUUCACCGUUUUGACAAGUUUAACCUCAAGUACAACCCUGUGGGUGAAUCAAGGCUGCGUGAAAUAUUCCUGAAAACAGAUAAUUUCAUCAAAGGACGCUAUCUGGCCGAGAUAACCAAGGAAGUAAUCUCUGACUUGGAAUCAAGCAAAUACCAAAUGGUGGAAUGGCGCAUCUCCAUAUAUGGACGAUCCAUUCAGGAGUGGGACAAGCUUGCAGCCUGGGUUGUUGACAAUAAGCUCUUUUCUCCUAAUGUCCGUUGGCUGAUCCAGGUACCUCGGCUGUAUGAUGUGUACAAAUCGAGCGGCAUGAUGGAGAAUUUCGAGCAGGUGAUCACAAACGUUUUCCAGCCAUUGUUCGAAGUGACAAAGGAUCCAAAUAGCCACCCCAAGCUCCAUAUUUUCUUGCAACGUGUGGUUGGGUUUGACAGUGUUGACGACGAGAGCAAAGCGGAGCGGCGACUAUACAGGAAAUAUCCGAUCCCAAGGGAAUGGAAUACGAAGCAAAACCCUCCGUAUAGCUAUUGGAUAUAUUUCAUGUUUGCUAACAUCGCAUCUCUCAAUACCUGGCGCAAGCAACGCGGUUUUAACACAUUUGUCUUGAGGCCACACUGUGGCGAGGCUGGGGAUCCCGAUCAUCUUGCAGUGGGAUUUCUCUGCUGCCAUAGUAUCAGUCAUGGAAUCCUUCUGAGGAAGGUUCCCCUGCUGCAAUACCUAUAUUAUCUCGACCAGAUAGGCAUUGCUAUGUCACCCCUCAGUAACAAUGCGCUGUUUCUAACCUAUGACAAGAACCCUUGUGCGAACUUUUUCAAGAGAGGCCUCAACGUUUCCUUGUCUACUGACGAUCCCUUGCAGUUUGCUUUUACCAAGGAGCCCCUUAUUGAGGAAUAUUCAGUCGCUGCGCAGAUCUAUAAGUUUAGUGCGGUAGAUAUGUGUGAGCUUGCAAAGCAUUCAGUCGAACAAAGUGGAUUUGAAGUAUCUCUAAAAAAGAGAUGGCUAGGCAACAAUUGCUGCCUUCGGGGUGUCGCAGGAAACAAUGUUGCCAAAAGCAAUGUUCCCGACAUUCGUGAACAAUUUAGGCAUGAAACUUUGCUCGGGGAAUUGACACUGAUCGAGCGACAUGCAAACACGGGGGACGAUACAACAGCUCGGCUGAAAGGUUCCACUGUUGCCGCUAUCAAUCAUUUGGGAUCUUCGGGGCCACUACUUCCUCAGGUACGAGGUGAUCCGGGUUCAGUCUCAUUGGAUUGUACCGAUGACUCUUCAACUUCUCAGUACCAAAGAGCAGGUGUAGGAGAUGACUGCAUAGACCCGCAGGCUGCGAGCCCAAAUGUCAGCAAAAGUGCAUCCGUUGGCGGCUUACCAGCACGAUCUCCUGAAACAACAAGUCUCACUGCUCCUGGGGGGUUCGGCACAUCUUCUAGCAGCACUAGCACUGCUGCUAAAUCUACGCUCAACACGGAUCCUAUACCGGAACAAAAGAUCUUUCCAGGCAUUGUGCAUGAAAGAGCUCACCGGAGUAACAUACCAAUUGAUGGCAUAACUACGGAGGACGGAGAGGAAUGAUAACUACAUACGUUCAGCAUGGGCAGCAGGUUUGAGGUAGUAUUAGUCUGGACAGAACGAAUGCGAUUCAUGUGUCAGCCGUGGUUUCAUCGCCUCUGGCCCUGCAAAAGGAGACAAUAAUGCCACUCCUGAAUAUGGGACAUACCUAGAUCUUGUAUCCUGAGUUUUCACAUGUGAUUUAGGAGAGUUCUUUCUUUCAUCAUUAGAGCUGUAUCAGAUGGCCCAGCUACCCUUUCGUUCACACACCCCCCAUGCUCCAUGAAUACCGUCAUCAGCCAUUUUGGGCCGUUUUCUAGCCCACUCUUGUAUGUAUAAGCGCAAUGCCAUCCAUCGCAUACAUAGGCCCUUCUCUACCUUCCGAUCCGUGGG